CUCGCUUCUUGUGGGCCGCCUAGGUAGGUCAUAGGCUUGGUUCGUCCAUCUGUCUGACUGUCCCUCUCUCCAGCUUCCCCUGCCUAGUCCUGGGAGGAGUGUGGCAGGGCUCCGAGGUCGAUGUCUCUCAGGGGCCAGACCUCACCAACCCUGGUUAGGCUAAGGAUGUACCCCCAGUGCCCGAUCACUGGAACACACACACUCACGCAUGCGCGCGCGCACACACACACAUGCACGCGCACGCACACACCCCCACCCCACCACCCCGGCAGCUCUCUAAGGACCCCUAUCCGGAGACUCUGGGCAGCCAGGCUGGCCCCUCUGGUGGGAGGCUGAGCUCGCCACCCCGUCUCCUCCAGGCACUCAGGACUCCUGCCCGCCCCACCAUGGUCAUGGCGUCCACCACGUCGGGUAAGGUCCCAGCCACUGUCCCUACCCAUCCCCCCACCCUUUCCUCCACUGGGAUGAGCCAGGUGGGCCGGGCGGGGUUGGAUGAAGCCAAGAAGCCCCUUUCAGAGACCUCCUUCACCCACUUCUCCGGGCUGCUGGUGCGGGGAGGGGAGCGCAUGGCCCUAUGUAUUCGCUUGGGCUGGGGCUGUCCUUCCCUCCCCACCACAUGCGGAUCCAGGAAGUGGGAGGCUGGAGGGAAGCAGAAGGCCACCAGCUCUGCCUGACCAGCGGGAAGCUCCCUGGGCUCGGUUCCCCUGCAGAGCACACUCCCUAACUCGGGCCUCUCCCCCCACCGCUGCCCAGCUGUGCCCCGGCCCCUCUCCCAACCUACGCCGCCCGGCAACGGCAGCGAGGAGGAGCCGCUGGACGCCCGGGACCCGCUGCUAGCCCAGGCGGAGCUGGCCCUGCUCUCCACAGUCUUCGUGGCUGUGGCCCUGAGCAACGGCUUGGUGCUGGGUGCCCUAGUGCGGCGGGGCCGGCGGGGCCGCUGGGCGCCCAUGCACGUCUUCAUCGGCCACUUGUGCCUGGCCGACCUGGCCGUGGCUCUGUUCCAAGUGCUGCCCCAGCUGGCCUGGGACGCCACCGACCGCUUCCGUGGGCCCGAUGCCCUGUGCCGGGCUGUCAAGUACCUGCAGAUGGUGGGCAUGUAUGCCUCCUCCUACAUGAUCCUGGCCAUGACGCUGGACCGCCACCGCGCCAUCUGCCGCCCCAUGCUGGCACACCGCCAUGGAGGCGGAGCUCGCUGGAACCGGCCGGUGCUGGUGGCCUGGGCCUUCUCGCUUCUCCUCAGCCUGCCCCAGCUCUUCAUCUUCGCCCAGCGUGACGUGGGAGACGGCAGCGGUGUCCUCGACUGCUGGGCCCGCUUUGCUGAGCCCUGGGGCCUCCGCGCCUACGUCACCUGGAUCGCCCUGAUGGUGUUCGUGGCACCUGCCCUGGGCAUUGCCGCCUGCCAGGUGCUCAUCUUUCGGGAGAUUCACGCCAGCCUGGCGCCGGGGCCUGCAGAGAGGGCCGGGGGGCGCCGCGGAGGGCGCCGGACGGGCAGUCCCAGCGAGGGAGCCCGGGUGUCGGCGGCCAUGGCCAAGACCGUGAGGAUGACGCUGGUGAUCGUGAUAGUGUACGUGCUGUGCUGGGCGCCCUUCUUCCUCGUGCAGCUGUGGGCAGCGUGGGACCCGGAGGCACCUCGGGAAGGGCCCCCCUUCGUGCUGCUCAUGUUGCUGGCCAGCCUCAACAGCUGUACCAACCCCUGGAUCUACGCUUCCUUCAGCCGCAGCGUCUCCUCCGAGCUGCGAAGCCUGCUCUGCUGCGCCUGGACGCGCGCCCCGCCCGGCCUGGGGCCCCACGAGGAGUCCUGUGCCACGGCCAGCUCCUUCCUGGCCAGGGACACCUCCUCCUGAGAAACGAGGGGCGCCUUCCUUCCAGAGGCUCCACGAAGCUCAGCCGCCUGCCCGGGGACAGGCUCCGCGAUCGCGCGGGGGCCCGGCAGUCAGCUCCUUGGCGCCGCGUGUAGGGAGGGGCUGCGGCGGUGGGCUGCAGGGUCCGGGGCCGGCGCAUGGCUUCCACCCCAACCAGUGCCUGCCCUGCC